UGAAGAUGUGCACCACUCCACGGAUAUAGUACGUUGGUGGUCAUGACUUUUCUUUAGUAUUCUCUGCUCAACGGCGCUGAAAUCUGAAAACGUGUUGCAAUAUCGUGGUUCAUUUCAUAAUGAGGAAAGUGUGAAUCAAAUUCGGUUUAUGCAAGUUUUGAUAGCAGCGUCAGAAAUCGCUAAAGUCAUUUGAGUAUUUCAAGUUGUUUAAGAAGGGAAGGCAUAUACAUAAUGUCAAAACGCUCUCAACCUAAAUGGCAACCACCUGGAAGAUCAACAGGUCCUAUUCUCAAACUCUUCAACAGUCUUACUCGUCAGAAGGAGGAAUUCAUACCUCAAAAUGGGCGGCAUGUUCUGUGGUACAGUUGCGGACCAACUGUCUAUGAUGCUUCACAUAUGGGCCAUGCAAGAUCCUAUAUUUCAUUUGACAUCCUUCGAAGAGUGCUUUCGGAUUACUUUGGAUAUGAUGUUCUGUAUGUCAUGAACAUAACAGACAUUGAUGAUAAAAUAAUUAAACGCGCUAGACAGAAUCACUUGUAUGAAAACUACGUACAAGAAGGACACAGUUUGAAAAAGAAUUUGGAUGAUGCUAAGAGUGUGAUGGAAUUUCUCGGUGGAACUGUAAAGGCAACGGCAGAUGCUGACAAGAAAUGCAUGUUGGAAAAGUUAUUGGUCAGGAUGACGGGAGCCGUUGAAGAACUUGAAGUUGCGGUUAAGUCACAAGAUGAAGAAAAAAUCAAAAAAGCUCAAGAGGUUUUGCUGGUGGAGGCGAAGGAUCCGCUGUCGGAGUGGCUGGAUUUCAACUGUGGUGCAAGUGUUACAGAUAAUUCAAUUUUUGCCAAACUUCCUCAACACUGGGAAAAUCAGUUUCACGAGGACAUGGAUGCCCUCAAUGUUCAGCGUCCUUGUGUCCUAACGAGGGUGAGUGAAUACAUCCCGGAGAUCGUGACGUACAUUGAAAGGAUAAUUGAAAAUGGUCUAGCGUAUGAAUCUAAUGGGUCUGUCUACUUUGACGUCAAUGGGUUUGACAGUCGGGAAGGACACUACUACGCUAAGCUAGUGCCCGAAGCGUACGGAGAUGCGAAGUCUCUGCAAGAAGGAGAAGGGGAUCUUUGCAUAUCUGAAGAUAGGCUGAAUGAAAAACGAUCACCGAAUGAUUUUGCUCUGUGGAAGAGGUCAAAGGCAGGUGAACCUUGGUGGGAUUCACCAUGGGGUCAUGGGCGACCUGGUUGGCACAUCGAGUGCUCUGUCAUGGCUUCAGUUAUAUGUGGCGACUCAUUGGACAUUCACACAGGUGGAGUCGACCUCAAAUUCCCACAUCAUGACAACGAACUGGCACAAGCUGAGGCUUAUUUUGAUAAUGACAACUGGGUGAGGUAUUUCCUUCAUGCUGGGCAUCUAACCAUCUCAGGAUGCAAAAUGUCAAAGUCCUUAAAGAACUUUGUUACAAUCAAGGAUGCUUUAACUAGACACACUGCCCGCCAGCUUCGCAUCGCGUUCCUUCUUCAUUCUUGGAAGGACACGCUUGACUAUAGCAACAACACGAUGGAGAUGGCAGUGCAGUAUGAGAAAUUGUUUAAUGAGUUCUUUUUGACUGUGAAAGAUGUGACAAGAAGUUCAUCAGACAGAACACAAAUAAGUUCUUAUCAGAAAUGGGAAAAAGAUGAACUGGAAUUAAAUAAGAGAUUCAUUGCUGCAAAGAAUUUUGUGCAUGCGUCGUUGUGUGAUAACGUGGAUACUCGAGGUGCAUUGGAUGCAGUCAGGGAUCUGAUUGGAAACUGCAACAUUUAUAUUCGAGACAAAACAUCUUCCACACAGGAGAGUAACUGCCUGCUGCUGAGAGAUAUAGCCGCCUACGUUACGUGGCUUUUGCGAGUAUUUGGGGCCAUCUCUACAGAGGAAUGUAUCGGCUUUCCAAUAGCUGAAUCUAAGGGCGCGACAAAUACAGAAGAAUUGGUAAUGCCGUACCUGACGAUCAUGGCCGACUUCCGAGAUAAUAUCCGCGGCCACGCUCGACAGCUGAAGGCGACCGAUAUUUUGAGAGAAUGUGAUCGGUUGCGUGAUGACAUUUUACCAAAUAUUGGAGUCAGGCUGGAAGAUAGGGAAGGUGGUCCGUCAGCAGUGAAGCUGAUGGACCGGGAAUUCCUGAUGCGUGAGAAGGAGGCGAAGAAAACUGCAGAAGCAGAGAAAGCUGCCGAGAAGGAGCGUAAGAAGGCGGAACAAGCAGCAAUAGUCGCCCAACGUGAUGCACAGAGAAAAAUCAAACCUUCAGAAAUGUUUCUGUCAGAAACAGACAAGUAUUCACAGUUUGAUGUUAAGGGUGUUCCAACGCAUGACGCUGAAGGAAAGGAACUGAGUAAAGGUCAGAUUAAGAAACUACAGAAACUUCAACAAAACCAAGAGAAAAAGUACAGUGAAUAUCUUCAGUCCGCUGUGGUUAAUGGAGUGGGAGAUUUAUGAAGAGAAGUAUUAAAAAAAAAUUAAAAUUGAUACAAGUCAUAUAUAAGUUUUUGUGCUAAUUUAAAAAUUGUGUUCAAGAUUAAAAUUUACUAGAAGUCCGAUCAGUUACGUCUAGAGAUUUUUUUUGCUUUAUAACGUUAUGUUGAUAUAUAGGUUAGUUAUCGUAAUUUUGGAAACUGUUUCCAGUGUUGGGAAAAGACAAGCCUUUGUAUUAAUCUGUGAAAGUGUUAAGAAUGUGCAGAGGGUACAAUAAUCAGUAGUCAUCGCUAGAACUUUCACUGGCUGCUUCUGCAUUUGCUCUGGUGCCUUGAUUGCUGAUAAAAACUCCCCAGUACCUGCCCUCGUAAAAAUCUGUCCGUCAGAAUGAGUAUUCAGCGCGACAAGGCUGAUAAUGUCCAGCAUCAGUGUUACUCUGCUGAUGAUCAGUCUAGUGAAUGAAUCUGAGCUAUUACGCGGUGUGUCCCAAAAUUUUCCGGGCUGGUUUAAAAAAACACUUCGAGUAACUAAAUUUUUAUUGCGUAUUCUAAAUACAUUCCAUCUGCAGCAAUACACUAAUUACAAUGAUAAUAACACUUUUCAAAGCAUUGCUGAAAGUCCUUCUUAGGGAUAGUCUCCAAGAAGUCGGUCGCAGCGUUUUGAAUGUCUUCAGUGUCAUCGGAACACGUGCCUUUCAAAAAAUAGUCUCAAGGUGACAAAUCAGGCGAGUAAGAACCACGACACCUUUUGAUGGCAAAAACUCACGAACGACGAUGGCUUUUGUGAGCCGGGGCAUUGUCGUGCAAGAGCGACCUAAUGCCUUGUUCUCGAUACCGUGGGCGAACUGUUCGAAUUCUUGCCAUUAUUAAAUGCUUUGAAACUUCCAAGUAAUAGUUUCCAUUGACAGUCGUGCCCUCUGGAACAAACUCAACAGAUGGACCCAGCCUUUCGUGGGUAAUUAAAGAAGUCUGAAAAAUUUUGGGACGCACUGUGUAUUUUAACAAAAAAAAAUUUAUCUAUCAUGUGUACGUAAAAUGAGAAUCAUUCGUGUAAGGUUCUGUAUUGUUUAUCUGAAGGUAAUAUUUAUAUUAGAUUUUUAGUGAACAAAUAAUUCAGCAUCAGUGACAGAAUUUUGUGCAGUGUGGUCAGUUUUGGGUAAGGAGAAUUAAAAAAAAGAAUUUCAGCGUUAAUUUUUAUUGCGGAAUUUUGCAACUUGUGACUCACUGUGCACUCUUAGAUUCGCUCUGCAGUCAGAUCUUAUAUUUUAUCUGUGGUUAUAACGUGUAGGUCAGAAUCUUCGCAUGCGCUGAACGGUAGUUUCUGUGAGUGUGGGGAUGAAAGACCCUUGCUGAGAUUUAUAACCUGUGCUUUGCGACCGGUGACCUUGGAACUGCUUUCAAAAUUUUUGUUUCUCCUGUUAAAUAAGAACCAUUUCCCAUUUUCUUAUGGAGCGUGUUUCAUUGCAGCAAGAAAGAUUGAGGAGUUUUAAAGUGUGUCUAAAUGAAAAAUUCUCACUUUCAAACUCGUAGGGUUUUUUCUAACGUGCUGUCAAGUUUUUCCCGUCACUUUUUAAUGAUAUGCAGUCAGCUUAUUGACGCUGUAUUGGUGUGCACAUGACGCAAAUUUGCUGGUUUCUCUUAGUAUCUGAAGUUUUUAUUUUACUGGAGUAUCAUGACCGCUAAUUGACUGCACUGCAAAGCAAUCUGUGCACGCAUGUAAACAUGAAAGAGUUGAAGCGUAACGUACGUGGCUCUGCUCCUAUCUUUACUUCCCCUGUAAAGUCAGUGACAUCUGACGACUAAGUUUCUCCGAGUUGAGCUGUGCAGUAACCGAGACAUUUCACUGUAAGGACGGGCGCUAAA